AUGGUCGUUUCAUCCGCUGGCCUUCACCAUGAAAUUGACUUUUGCAUACAAGAAAUGGAACGACUGAAGGUGACAGAGCUGAAAUCUGUUUCCAGAGCCAUCGGCUUGUCUUUAAGUGGGAGGAAAGCAGAUCUUCAAGACCGGCUGCGAGCGUACUUAAAGAAUUCAUGCAGGGUAGGCGCAAUAGAUCCCUGGCGUCCCAAAACCAUCCUGCUACUAAUAGAGAAAGCUCGCUUAAACGAAGCUCUCCCGACAUAUGAGGCCAUAUGGCAGGGUCUUAAAUCUGGUUCUUUCCAAAACCACCCCGUUGCAACCGGCCACCAGCCUCCUAGCGCCAUACGAUCUUCCUCCAAGGAUGCCAAGGUGUCAACGGUGACCCAAAGCCCGAAGACUCGCGUAGCGCUUCAAUUUGGCGAAUCGCCAUUUUAUAGAUUGAAACGAUUACUGAAUGGGUCUCCCAAAUUUGCUGCAAGCAACAGUGGAAGAGGGGUUUGUUCGUAUCAUUUUACUCUUACUAAAGAUGAAUCGGCCCUAUUGCAGAAGGGACCGGAAUUCAAACUUUACAUGUUUUGUGGUAUUCUCACCCCAAUGAUCGAAAGCCGAAGUAAUGUUCCCAUUCAAUUUCCACACCCGAAUGACAUUCGUCUUAACAAUGAGGUUGUCAAGGACAAUGUUCGCGGGUUGAAAAAUAAGAUAGGCACGGCGAAACCCGCGGAUCUAACGCCUUAUCUGCGAUCAGGAACCAAGGACAAUCACUUGCAACUGACUUAUGCGUUCACCAAGGACGAUUAUUUGGUGUAUUGCUAUAUCGUUGAAAUCAUUCCGCCGCAUAAUAUUUUGGAAGAAGUUCUGCGCCAUCCGAGAAUAGUGACACAAGCAACAUUACAAUAUCUGAAAGAGUCUUUAAGUGAGGACGAAGAUGACGACCUGGUCACGACAUCUACCGUUAUGACUCUGCAAUGCCCAAUAUCUUAUUGCCGUAUGAGGUAUCCAUCUAAAUCAGUCCACUGCCAGCACCUGCAAUGUUUCGACGCGCUGUGGUUUAUAGAAUCCCAACAGCAGAUUCCGACUUGGCAUUGUCCAGUUUGUCAAAAAACAGUUAAGGUGGAAGAUCUUGCUGUAUGCGAGUUCGUGGAAGACAUCAUAAAAGAGUGCGACGAUGAAAUCGAACAAGUGGAGAUUUCGAAGGAUGGGUCUUGGAAGCCCAUAUUUGAGGAUGAAACUCCUGUCCCAAGAGAAAGUAGUAAAGUGCAGGUAAAGUCCGAGCAUGGCCCUACCUUCCGGAGCUCUGGCAGCGCGUCUAACGAGGAUGAGGAAGCACCAACCCCAGCAGGUCGCAAUAGAUUGCAACAGCCAGAUCCCGUGGUGAUCUCGUUAGACAGCGACGAGGAAAUCGGGGAUCCCAUCGAGCAGCAUGAAUCGGUCCCUCUACAGUCCGCAUCGGAUCAAAACAUAACAGCAAAAGCAACGCACCUAUCGACUGAGGGUCAUCAUAGCUCAGGCCCUAGUAAUUCCUCAAUACCUCGAGACAGCACCUUAGGAAACAUUUACGGAAGCUAUAUGGACAGCGUUCCUGAACCCCAUCGUAGCUUGGACCCUGGGCGGGUAAAUUCUACGCCUUUAUCGGAUCAUAGAGUAAUACCCGCUGCAGAUUCCCCUGGCGGAAAUUCUGCUCCAGGAAGUACAGGGUUCAUUCGCCGACAACACCCAGUGCCAAAUAUUUUAAGCAGAACGCCGUUAAACUCUGGCAGUGAUGGCAGACGAGUGCUCCCCAACGAUGAAGAAGCUCCCACGGAUGCAAAUACAUCACCAAGCCCAGCUAGUAAUACCUUUAUUCCGGCUCUUGGAUUGCGGGAUAACGGUUCCAGAGGAUUGGGCCUCCCACUGCUGGGUAAUUACUCACAUGGGACGAAUGACAUGCCAGUACAAGGUGGUCAUUCUUCUUUGGAUCCCAACUUUCUGGGACCAUAUAGGCCUUCGAACUUUCACGAACACACACUACCACCAUUGCCUUAUGGUUCAGGUGGUACCCAAAACUUGCUGGGACUCGCUGGUGACGGAAAUCAUGUAUUGAUGCAACAACACUCAUCUCACGUCCCCAGCCAUCUUGAAAGUGCUCAUGUCUCAAAAGAUGCCCGUCGCCGAGAUUCUGUUCCCCAACUAUCCAACAAUCUGCUAGUUAGAAGCAAACAAUCUAGUUCCCCUGCAAUAUUAAGCAGGGCACUACCCGUCUCAGAAUUGCCACAGGCAUCUAAUGCAACUUCGGGACCAACACCAGGACCAGCACCAGGACAAGCACCAGGACCAGCACCAGGACAAGCACCAGGACCAGCACCAGGACAAGCACCAGGACAAGCACCAGGACAAGCACCAGGACCAGCACCAGGACAAGCACCAGGACCAGCACCAGGACAAGCACCAGGACCAGCACCAGGACAAGCAUUCGGUUCUGCUCCGGUGGUUCCUUCUAUCACCUCGAAUAGUUCAGAUAACCGACCUCCUCUACCACCAGUUCCCCCUUCCCUCAACAGAACUGCUCCAAUAAGUAGUGCACCAGAUGUUUCCCAUUCCCGACCUAGGCGGCCUAUUGUGUCACCAUUUAUUCCAAAAAAGACAUUUGCUAACGUCCUACCUCAAAAGCGUCAAGUAUCCAGUGAGUCAAUCAAUAAGAGUGCUGGUAAAACUACUGAUAGUCAAGCGAGUCGUGCACUACCUUCUGCACAAACCCCCCUCACAGACGAUUCGCUAACUCCUGUGCCGCCUCCUCCCACUUUGCAUAACUCAGAUUCCAAUGAACUGGAUUUCAUUGAUCUGACCUCAGAUGAAUAA